GUGAAUGUGAUCUGCUUCCAGGUGUCUCGUUUGGUUUAAUUUUAAUUUAAUAUUUUAUUUGUUGUCAUAAGAAAAAGAAGGUGUGGAAGGGAGUUAAAAUGCGAAUGAGACAUGUCGGCCAUGUCAUGGUGAGACGAUUUAAUGAAGAAAGAAGAAACAGAGUCCCAAAAUUACAUCUAUUUUACUUUUAAAAAGAAGAGAGGAACCCCCACAGAGACAGAUAGAGAAAAGUUCACGAAAUCCUCUCUGAGAAAUUGUGGAAUUGAUAGGAAACUCUUUCCUCUACAAAUCUCUCUCUGUAUCGAAAAAGAGAAUUUUCAAGUUUUGCUGAAUUUCGAAAGAUCUUGACUGAUUCUGAAGAUGUCAGGUCGGGAACAAACAAGAGAUAAGUUAUCAGAUUCUGAGUGCACAGAGGAUGAGCCACGUCGUUCUAGAAUCGGGAACUUGAGAAAGAAAGCGAUUAGUUGUUCUAGUAAACUUACACACCCUUUAAAGAGAAAAGGGAAACGGAAAAUAGAUUACUCAGUGCCUUUCAUUGAAGAUGUUAGGGACGAGAAUGAGGAGAAGAUUGUACUUAAACUGCGUCAAGAGCUUCUCAAUAAAGAUUUGUUGCCUUCAAGGCAUGAUGAUUAUCAUAUGUUGUUGAGGUUUCUGAAAACAAUGGAGUUCAGCAUCGAGAAAACUGUCACUGCAUGGGAACAAAUGCUCAAAUGGAGGAAGGAGUUUGGAGCAGAUCGCAUUAUACAUGAGUUUAACUUCAAAGAGUUGGACAAAGUGGUGAGGCACUAUCCACAGGGGUAUCAUGGAGUUGAUAAAGAUGGUAGACCAAUCUAUAUCGAGAGACUAGGAAAAGCUCAUCCCGGUAAGCUUAUGGAUGUUACAACCAUUGAACGGUACUUAAAGUACCAUGUUCAAGAAUUCGAGAGAGCUCUUCAGGAGAAGCUUCCUGCAUGUUCCAUUGCAGCCAAGCGACGAGUCACUACGACGACUACAAUACUUGAUGUCGAAGGCCUGGGUAUGAAGAACUUUAGUCCUACAGCUGCGAAUCUCCUGGCCUCUAUUGCUAAAGUUGAUUGCAAUUAUUACCCUGAGACUUUGCACCGAAUGUUCAUUGUCAAUGCAGGGAUUGGAUUCAGGACUUUACUUUGGCCUGCCGCUCAGAAGUUACUUGAUCCCAUGACUAUUGCAAAGAUACAAGUUUUGGAACCAAAGUCCUUGUCAAAAUUACAUGAAGCAAUUGAUUCCAGUCAACUUCCAGAAUUUUUGGGAGGCUUAUGCAAAUGCGCUAACGAAGGAGGGUGUUUAAGGUCUAACAAAGGACCAUGGAAUGAUCCUGAAAUAAUUGAGUUGGUACAUCACAUGGAAGUAAAUCACGUACAACAAACUACAAAAACUCCUCUUCAUAUAAGAGAUAAUGAUUCUGCCACUCGCAUGAUCCCGCCUAAUGAAACUUUAAAAGAAGAGCCAGAUUCUGAAGAAUAUUACCAUUCCACUGGGUCAAGAUCUCCAAUGCACACUUGUUUUGUUUCUCCACACUCUGAUAAGGCUAGUACAUCAGAUGGUGAUAAAAUCAUUACCACUGUAGAAUCUAUAGAACCGGCUCAAGGGGAACUGUCUCAACCCCAGUCACUAAACACGGACACUGAAAGCUCUUCUUCUGCAACGACAUCAAGAAGAGAAGGUGGUCAGGUUUCACGGUAUAGUGCUCUUAGAGAGAAAAUCAAAGGCGAGAACAUCGUUCACUUGGUGAAAAUACUAGUAGCCUUUCCACUGAUGAAGCUGUUUGCUCUCUUUGCUUUCUUAUUGCAUGGAUACUGGCAAAGACAGAACUAUGUCCCUGUCCUCCAUGAUUCAUCUAUAAACAACGAGAUGAUUCUUCAGUGUUUGGAACGUCUUAAGAAGCUGGAGAAAGACUUCACAGAGACUAGUAGAAUCCCUCUAAAAAUUCCAGAAGCAAACGAGAAGCUAUUAACGGAGUCUCUCGAGAGGAUCAAGUCUCUUGAACUCGAUCUCGACAAAACCAAAUCAGUAUUACAUAUAACGUUAACAAAACAGCUUCAGAUUACAGAAGAGAUUGAAUCCCGUUACCAAGAAGAACAAAUAAACCGAUGCUGCUUCUGAAGCUUUGGGGUCAUAACGUCGUUACACAGAGAUAUUAUUGCUGUUUAUUUUACAGAAAUGGUGGGGGUCAAAAAUAUUAUAUACACAGAACUUUGUGAAUAAUUAUUUCUAGUAAUUGUAUCAUACACAGAUUUCCGUGUGCGGGAAUGAAUACGAACGUUUUAAGUUUGUAUGUGAAAGUGUCAUUAGACAAAGAAGGAGAGAACUCAUGUUUUUUUUUUUUUUGAGCAAAGAGAACUCAUGUUUUGAACAUUCUUUAGUCAAGCAAAUAAAGUUGGAAUAA